GUGUGGAAUGCAAGUUCUUUUAUUGUGGUCUCUUUGGAACAAUGCAGUUUAAAUUUUAAGAAGAAAUAUUGCAUUUUAAAGAGUAGCUUAGAUGAAUCAACAGUCGAAACUAAAAAAGAAAGUACUAGUACGUCUAAUAACUCAAAUACAUUGGAAAAACCAAUCUGCCGUAAAUUUUGUAUUAUACUGCUCUUCUGUUUGGAACAUUGCAUUUCGAUGUCUUUGGCUUUGUAUUAUACGUUUGGAGUUGUUGUGUUCGGCGUGCUAAGAGACAGGACGCCAUUAGAAACUGUCAUGUUUCCAUUAGAGUUCACAACUACAGGGGGCUUGGAAAAUGUUAAUUCCCACAUAAGAAUGUUAUACGGUUUCUAUGUAGAAGGUGCGAUGUGUUUACUUGCGUGUGCUCUGGCGAACAUACGUCGCUUCAGCAGCAAUCCGGUGUCCAGUUUGCUGGAGACAUACAGGCUGUUCCAUAACAGCGAUUGCACUGAAUGUGGGGACGACCAGUGUAAAAUGAGACGCGUUUCAAAAAUUUUAGAAACGCGAAAAUAAUUUAUUUUGUUAUGAAUUUGACAUUAGUAAUUAAUAAUUGCUUCAGCUCAAAUUUUUAAUUAGAAAUAUCCUAAGUUACUUAGCAUGUAAGCCAAAUGCUGAGAAAGGGUUUACCCGGUAAUGCGUUAACCAUGAUUUUUUAAUGUCCAUGUACAGAAACAU